UGGAGGCCGGGCAGGAUCCGGAGUCCGGGCGGUGGCGGGCUGAGUGGCGGGCAGGUCGGCGGGGCCGGAGCUGGGGGCCGGAGUCAGGGCAGGAGCCUGGCCGGAAGCUGCGGGCUGUGCGUCCCUGCGAGAUGGACGGGACAGAAGGUAAUGCCGGGCAGCCCGGCCCCGCUGAGCGGUCCCACCGAAGCAGCGUGUCCUCCGUGGGAGCCCGAGCAGCUGAUGUGCUGGUGUACCUGGCGGACGACUCAGUGGUGCCCCUGGCUGUGGAGAACCUGGCUUCGCUCAGUGCUCACGAGCUGCACCGCGCAGUCCGUGAGGUCCUGCAGCUCCCGGACAUUGCCCUGGAUGUCUUCGCACUCUGGCUCGUCUCCCCUCUGUUGGAGGUGCAGCUGAAGCCCAAGCAUCAGCCCUACAAGCUGGGCCGCCAGUGGCCGGAGCUGCUGCUGCGCUUCACCGAUGCCCCAGAUGACGACGUGGCCAUGGACGAGCCUUCCCUGCAGUUCCGAAGGAACGUGUUCUUCCCAAAGCGGCGGGAGCUCCAGAUCCACGACGAGGAGGUACUGCGGCUGCUCUACGAGGAGGCCAAGGGCAACGUGCUGGCCGCGCGGUACCCGUGCGACGUGGAGGACUGCGAGGCACUGGGAGCCCUGGUAUGCCGCGUGCAGCUUGGGCCCUACCAGCCCGGCCAGCCUGUGGCCCACACCCUGAGGGAGAAGCUGGACUCCUUCCUCCCUGCCCACCUCUGUAAGCGGGGCCACGGCUUCUUUGCUGCCCUCCGGGGCCGUGGGGCCAAGGCUGGGAUGGGUGAGCAGGGCCUGCUGGAUGCCUACCGCCAGGUGAAGGAAGCGGUCAGCAGCGCCAUUGGGCAGGAGGCCACCCUGGGCACCCACUACCGCGCCUACCUCCUCAAGUGCCAUGAGCUGCCCUUCUACGGGUGUGCCUUCUUCCACGGCGAAGUCGACAAGCCCGCCCAGGGCUUUUUGCACCGGGGCGGGCGCAAGCCAGUGGUCGUGGCCAUCAGUCUGGAAGGCGUGCAUGUCAUUGACAGCAGGGAGAAGCAUGUCCUGCUGGGCCUGCGCUUCCAGGAGCUGUCGUGGGACCACACCUCCCCUGAGGAGGAGGAGCCCGUCCUGUGGCUGGAGUUUGAUGGGGACAGCGAGGGCACACCCGUCAACAGGCUGCUCAAGAUCUACUCCAAGCAGGCCGAGCUGAUGAGCAGCCUCAUUGAGUACUGCAUCGAGCUGAGCCAGGCUGCUGAGCCUGCGGCCCCCCAGGAGAGUGGCCUGGGGCACCCUGCAGCCCCUGGCUCCUUGCCACCACCCACCCAGCGCCCGGAGCUGCGGAGGCAGGGCAGCGUGGUGUGCAGCCGCAUCCAGCAUCUCUGUACCAUCGACUACGUGGAGGACGGCAAGGGCAUCAAGCGGGUGAAACCCAAGCGCACCACAUCCUUCUUCAGCCGGCAGCUCUCCAUGGGCCAGGGGACUUACACCGCGGUACAGCCCACCGACAGCCUGGAGCAGGGCUGAGGGCAGCAGCACCGGGCGAAGAGUGGUGCAUGGGGCCCCCGAGACUGGCCCAGCACUGUCCUCCUUGAGGGGCAAGGGCCAGGCUGCGCUAGUCUCAAAGGUUAUGCACAGAGGGGAGGAGGGCUGCCUCGGCUGCUCAGGGUCUGCAGGUAUUUCAGACCACGGAGAAGUGACUUCUGUACCUGGGAUGAUGCCUGGGCUGUGCAGAGCUGGCCAGGGCUUCCACAGUGGCCCUAUUGCAGCCUGCCCUCUCUUCCCCUGGACUCUGGGCCCAGCUGCUGUCUCAGGACCAGCUGAUCAGGUCCCGGCUGCCCCCUCCCACCUAGAGACUUGCCUUUGUGCCCUUCUCAAGAUGGACGGUGUCCCCUGCUCUGAAGUGCCUCCGAUGGCAGGUGGUUAAGGAUUAGGGCUUGGGACCUACAGGUCCACUGCGUUCCUCUGGACGUUGGUGACCACAUCCCCGCAUUCCUUCUGCUGGCAUUCCACCACCACCCCCCCACUGCCAGGCUGGGCCGUCACUCUCAGGAGGGUGGGAGGGGACCUCCUGGAUUGAACCAUGGCAGAGACAGAAGGUGAGGGCUCCCCACCCCAUAGCUCCCUGGCUGAACUGGGACUGGAGGGAGCCGGGCAGGGCCCAACUCCGGGGACCCUGUGCCCCUCACGUCUCCCUUGCAGGCAUGAGACACUCUGACCAGAAGGAAGGCGCCUUUUUGUUAGCCUUUGUUGACAUCACUGUGUUGGGAGGUGGCUGUCCUGCAGACCAGCAGGCCCACCAGACCCACACACUCCACACUCUGUGAAAAGCUCCCGAAAGCCCCUGUGAGCACCCAAGGAACUCCCCUCGGUGGACCACCCAGGACUGCCCUUUCCUCCCAGUGUUCUGGGUCCUCAGGUUUUAGUUUCUGUAUUUUUUCAUCUGCUUUGGAUCCACGAAGCCCGUGAACUGUGGGGAAACUCCAUGAAAUGCCCUCAUUAACCUCAGAGCUGCUGGGAAGGGCUACAGGUUUCCCUGGGGGCGAACCCGUGCUCAGGGAAACGCCCAGUGACACAAGACGGUCUCUUCUCUCUCAGGGACGUUGGAAAGGAGGUUUUGAUGGGGGUGAUUGCUUUGGCUUUUCUCCAGCUUUGCCCUCCUGGCAACGGUGGUUCUAUGUGUUUUCCCAGAUGAGCUGGGGUCCCCCUGAGAGGCGGGUUUCCCCAGCCCCUGGGUCCCUCUGUGGAGGGUCCGUGGCUCCCGGGUGCUUCCCGGCGCUCCCGCAGAAGAGGCAGCCCGGCUCAGCACAGGGCUCGCUCUGUUUCCCUUCCCAGGGGAAAACCGGGGGAGAGGAAACGGGAACCUCUUGUACGCCGAAUGUGAGAGCCCAUUCAUCCCUCCUCCCUUGGGCAACUUCUGAACACUCCAGAUGUUUUGAGGUGGGCUUGCCUUCCAGCAACAAGGACUUUGUCAUUUGUCAUAAUAAAUAGGUGCAAAGAAUAGGUGAGAGAUGUCCCAGCCACAGGACAAUAUCAGCUGCCACAUCUUGUCCCCACUCCUGGAGUCCCUUAACCUCGCUGAGCUGCCCAGCUGGUUCUGGUGGCUCCAGCCCUCUGGUUAUCUCUGUCCCACUGACUGUUUUUUUUUUUUUUUUUUUAAAAGAUGACCGGUAAGGGGAUCUUAACCCUUGUCUUGGUGUGGUCAGCACCGCGCUCAGCCAGUGAGCGAACCGGCCAUCCCUAUAUGGGAUCCAAACCCGUGGCCUUGGUGUUACCAGCACCGCAUUCUCCCGAGUGAGCCACGGGCCGGCCCCCCACUGACUGUUUUGAUUCCUGGUGAAUUCUUAUCUGCUGGGGCGUGUGGGUGUGGGUGUGGUUGGGUGUGUGUGUUUAUAUGUACACAAAUGACGUGUUUCUGCUCUUAAGUCUCUUUCUCUGUUUUCUAAGCAUCCAUUGUGCCUUAACCUUUUCUUCCUGCCCUUUGGGACAGAGCAGCGUUUUAUCAAAUGCCCUUUGAAUGUUCUCAUUCUUUUGUAUCAUGUGACUUACUACCAAUAAAAUCCUUUU